CCCGAUGCAUUUGCGCGCGCACGCCCUUCCUAGAUUGCUACCACUAGUAGUCUAUAACCAUAAUACGCGCUAACUAAGUCACUUUCACGUCUUCUCUUCUAUCCUCCGCAUACUCUCUCUCUCUCUCUCUCUCUCUUACUCUCUGCUUACCUUAUUUUCAGUGUUAGAAUCAUUGGUUGGUGUCAUCGGUUUUUCUUAGCUCUUUCUCUGCAAGUAGUAACCGUUCGACACAAUGUCUCGCCGUGGUGGUGGUCGCCGCCAGGAUUCUCACCGAGACCAGCAAUCAUCAUCUCCAUCUCCGUCGUUCCAGCGCGGUGGUGGUGGCGGUAGAGGUGGAAGAGAUGGCAGCGGACGCGCUGGCCGCGGCUAUAAUCCCGCUCCAACUUUCAAUCAAGCUGGUCCUUCACGGCCUUCGGCCUUCCCUCCCAUAUCUCGUUCUCCGGCGUCUGCCUUCCAUCCUCGUAUCAUGUCUGUUGCUCCGAGUCAGACGCCUCCUCAAGCUUUGGCUUCUUCGUCGAGAGCAUCGCCGUCUCAGGCGGCGGCAUCGAGUUCUGCGGCGGUGGAGGAGCUGAGACUAGAGAUGGAGCAGAAGCUAACAACUGGAGAUCAGGUGACGAAGGCUGAGACGCCGCCGGCGACGUCAAAGGCCGUUCGUUUCACGCCUAGGCCUGGGUUUGGUACUGCUGGCAAGAAGUGUGUGAUUAAGGCUAAUCAUUUUUUGGUCGAAAUCGCAGACAGAGAUCUCUGUCGUUAUGAUGUCACGAUAACUCCUGAAGUAGCCUCAAAGAAGGUAAAAAGGUAUAUAAUAUCUCAGCUUGUUAGUAUGUAUCGUGAGUCACACUUGGGCAACCGAAUGCCAGCUUAUGAUGGCAGGAAAGGCCUCUAUACAGCAGGGCCUUUGCCUUUUGAAUCUAAGGAAUUUGUUAUUAAGCUGGUUGACGAGAAUAAUGGCGCGGGGUCUUCUGCUUCAACAACGAAGGAAAGCCACUUUCAAGUGGCAAUCAAAUUUGCAUCUAAGGCUGACAUUCAUCAUCUGCGACGAUUUUUGAGUGGUAGACAAAUGGAUGCUCCACAAGAAAUGAUACAAGUUCUUAAUAUUGUUCUUAGGGCAUCAAUAUCUGAAAAUUAUAGCACUGUUGGGAGGACACUUUUCUCACCUAAUUUUGGGCCACGGGAUGGGCUUGGUGAUGGUAUAGAAUAUUGGAGAGGAUAUUAUCAAAGCCUUCGCCCAACCCAGAUGGGAUUGUCUUUUAAUAUAGAUGUGUCAGCCACAUCCUUCUUUGAGCCAAUUAUGGUGACUGAAUUUGUAGCCAAAUACUUUAGCUUAAAAGACAUGUCAAGGCCUCUAUCAGAACAAGAACAUAUUAAGAUAAAAGAGGGCUUAAAAGGAUUAAGAGUAGAGCUAAGUCACAGGGAGAAUGCUGAGUGUCAUAGGAUCACCAGUGUAUCCGAUCAGCCACUGAAUCAAAUAUUCUUCAAUCUCGAUGAUAACAAUACAAAUAUGUCCGUGGUUCAAUAUUUCCGUGAGAGAUACAAUAUUGAGCUUAGUUAUACAUCCUUGCCUGCACUUCAACUCCAAGCUAGGAGUGAUUCAAAUCCCAUUUACUUGCCAAUGGAGCUUUGUAGGAUUGUUGAAGGACAGAGGUACUCAAGGAAUUUGAAUCUACGACAAGUAAUUGCACUGUUAAAAGCAACCUGUCAACGCCCUCAUGAGCGGGAAAAUAGCAUCAAGCGGAUCAUUAGGCAGAAUAAUUACAGCGGAGAUGAGCUUGUGAGGAAUGAAUUUGGUAUUCAAGUUAAGGAAGAGCUUACAUUCAUAAAUGCCCGAGUUUUGCCUCCUCCAAUGCUUAAAUAUCAUGAGACUGGGGGUGAAGCAUCGGUUGUUCCCCGCUUAGGACAAUGGAAUAUGAUCAACAAGAAAGUGGUGAAUGGUGGGAGAGUGGAAUUUUGGACAUGUGUGAACUUUUCUUUGCGGGUCAACCAAAAUGUGCCUGUUGAAUUUUGUAGGCAAUUAAUUGAGAUGUGUGUAAGCAAAGGAAUGGAAUUCAACCCAAAUCCUAUUCUUCCUAUACAGUCAGCUAAUCCUAGCCAAAUUGGAAAGGCUCUUGCUGAUGUUCACAAGCAGUGUACUGCAAAACUUUCAAAUGGGAAGAAACGGCUUCAGUUGUUGAUAAUCAUUCUACCUGAUGUCAGUGGUUCAUAUGGAGAAAUCAAACGAGUGUGUGAAACAGAAUUGGGAAUUGUCUCUCAGUGCUGUCUACCAAGAAAGGCAGCAAGGCUAAGUAAACAGUAUUUUGAAAAUGUUGCCCUCAAAAUCAAUGUUAAGGCUGGUGGUCGAAAUACUGUGCUAAAUGAUGCUAUUCAGAGGAGGAUUCCUCUAGUGACUGAUGUUCCUACAAUUAUUUUUGGUGCUGAUAUAACUCAUCCACCUUCUAGGGUGGGCACUGAUCCAUCGAUAGCAGCAGUAGUGGCUUCGAUGGACUGGCCAGAGGUAACAAAGUAUAGAGGAAUUGUCUCUGGACAGGCUUAUCGUGAAGAAAUUAUCCAGGAUCUUUAUAAAUCAUAUCAUGAUCCGGAUAGGGGAUUAAUUCAUUCGGGAAUGAUCAGGGAAUUAUGUAUAGCAUUUAGGAGAGCAACUGGGCAUAAACCCAGCAGGAUUAUAUUCUACAGAGACAGUGUUAGUGAGGGAAAAUUUAGCGAGGUCUUGCUACAUGAGAUGAAUGCCAUACGAAAGGCUUGUUCCUCACUUGAGGAGGAAUACCUUCCACCGGUUACCUAUAUUGUGGUGCGAAAGAGGCAUCAUACAAGGCUUUUUCCUGUUGAUCGCGGUGAGACAGACAGGAGUGGCAAUAUUCUACCAGGCACUGUUAUUGAUACUAAGAUUUGCCUUCAGAAGGAGUUUGAUUUCUACCUCAACAGCCAUGCUGCAAUUCAGGGAACAAGCAGACCUACACACUACCAUGUGUUGUAUGAUGAGAAUCAUUUCACAGCUGAUGGGUUGCAAGUUCUGACUAACAAUCUGUGUUACAUGAAUGCAAGGUGUACUCGCUCUGUUUCUAUAGUCCCUCCUGUUUAUUAUGCCCAUUUAGCUGCUUUACGGGCUCGAUAUUACAUAGACGGUGAAACAUCACAUGGUGGGUCUUCAGGUGGUAGGAGUACAACGGGGAGGAGUAGGGAAGUCCAGCCGCUUCCUAUGAUCAAAGAUAACGUGAAAGAUGUUAUGUUUUAUUGCUGAGGUUCCAGAAUCCCAUUUUUUGUUGCCUCUUGUUUUUGCACAAAGAGUCCACUAAUUAAUGACAGUUGAUGCAACUGAAAGAAACUUAAAUGCUGCCUAAGUGCUUUUUUUUUUUUUUUUCCUUUUUGUCUUUUUUAAGUAAAUGCUAUUUUUGAGUUUUACUUGCUAUCAUAUAUUUAGCUUAGGCUGCUUUUGGGUGUUGGGAUGGGAAAUGAAGCAAAGUAGCUGCUUCGACUGGGUUUUCUUGUAAAUACCAUUUUGCUUAUGCUCAAUACUUCUAUGGUCAUUGAAUUUGUUAUGACGUGUUUUGUAUUCGAGGUAUGUUUUUAUUGUGGUGUGUGACCUGAAUGUGACAUUUUGUGAAUAUUGUAAAUAUUCUUGUGUAUUUAAACUUUAAGUUGAACAAUGUAAAUCUUGUAUUUGUUUUUUUU